CACGUAGUACCUUAAUGUUGUGACUUAGGCAGAUACAGAUUUUCUUUUAACCUCACUGCUAAACAGCGCACUACGGAGUGAUAUUAACGACCAGCGAUCAGUACACAACUUCGUUUCUCGUUAGUACUAUUUCUCUCGUGGAGCGCUUCGAAUGUGUGUUAUACUAAAACUUUUUAAUGAAAAUCGAUAGGAUUAGUAUUAUAUUUUAUUUAACAAUAGGGAAAGUUUUACUUUGAUUUUAUCAAAACAAUUUUUUCUCUAUGUAAGGUACUUAUAACAUUUUUAAUUAAGCCAUUGAAAUGUCCUCUAUUUUCUCGUAUCAUAAUACGUUCGACGAAAGUUAUUUUAUUUUUGAUGAUAUGACUUGUCCAUAAUUUUAUUCAUUACUUGUUGAUCAUAAAAGUUAUUUGCAAUAACUAACUAUAAUAUGCACUACAUUACAAUGGAUACUAAUACAAGUAAAAAAUUCAAGGAACAACUUAUUAAAAAUGUAAAAAAAGAGGUUAAGCAAAUUAUGGAAGAAGCUGUAACACGAAAGUUUGUACAUGAAGAAAGUGGUUCUAUAACAUCACUAUGUGCUGCUGUUGAAACAUGUUUAUCACAAGGUUUACGACGCAGGGCGUUAGGUUUAUUCAAAACCAGUUCAACAACUGCGUUACUACAUAAAAUAGGAAAAACUUAUGAACCAGCUUCAAUAAUAAGUCAUAAGGUUCAAGAACUAGAAAAUGCUGACCCCAACAGGUAUGGCAGUAAUAGAUCUUUUUCAUUAUUAGAUAGAAGGGAAUCAUUAGGUCCACAAAUAAUUUGUCAAUGUAUGCUAAACCGAAGACGUUCUUUAACUGCAUUUCUCUUUUACUAUGAAAAAGAUGGGAGAAAUUCCAUAAGUUAUUCUCUACGGUGUACUUGUACGUCAGCCAGAAGGCGCUCAUUGUCAUGGUUACUAUUUGGCUGUGAAAAUGGAGAGAGUAGUUGUGCGACCAGAGCAGCCUCAAUUAAUAGUACGCUAACAAACAGUAUAACAAUGUCAAAUGUACAUCCACCGCCUCUAACUAAAAAAAAUUCAGCGGGUAGUGGAUUAGCUUCUCCUUCUAACAUAUUACCUAAAUACUUGUGGAUCCGGUUAGCAUUGUUUGAAAAACAUUUAGCAGUUAUCAUAGAUUACAUUGUACAAAAUUGCAGUAAAUAUUACGAAAAAGAUUCUCUGGUUGCAGAUCCGGAUUAUGGUAGUAUUUUGAGUUCUCUUUUAGUUGGUCCUUGUGCCUUAGACUAUUCACGUACAAAGUCAAACGACCAAUUUUGGACAGAUCCACCAGCUGAUGAACUUGUUCAAAGACAUCGUAUAUCCAGUGGAUAUCAUACUUCUCCACCAUGUCGUACUCCAAUCAAUUAUCGUAGAAAUCUGCAUGCCACCAGUAACGAUGACAUUCAAAGACAAACACCUAUUUCUGCGAAAGAUUACGUAGAGUCUUUACAUCAGAACAACCGAGUUACGCUUCUUUACGGAAAAAACAAUGUACUCGUUCUUCCGAAAGAUGUAACAGAACCAAUAGCAGGUUACUUAUCUCUUCAUCAAACACCCAACUCAUUGAUUAUUAAGUGGACACCUAAUCAACUGAUGAAUUGUCAUUCUCCAAGCUCAUAUCAAAAUGAAAACUUAGAUUUUGAAACUAAUGACAAAAGUCAAUAUUGGGACUAUGCUAUGAAUGUCAACGUUGAUGAAAUAGUGUAUGUUCAUUGUCAUCAACAAGGGAAUGACAGUGGUGGUACGGUUGUACUAGUGGCACAGGAUGGUGUGCAGCAACCACCUAUACAUUUUCCUCAAGGUGGUCACAUGUUAGCUUUCCUCACUUGUUUAGAAAAUGGCCUUCUACCACAUGGACAAUUGGAUCCUCCUUUGUGGCCACAAAGAGGCAAAGGAAAAGUAUUUCCUAAAUUACGAAGAAAAGGUCGAACACAAAUGCAAGACAUCUCAAAUGACUUAUCUUGUACUACCGAUGAAUCUCGUGAUUAUGUUUUUCAAAUCAUCAACAAAGCUAGACACGAAGAAUUUUUAUCGAAGGGUGAUGAAAUAUUGGACGCUAAAAUUUGGUCAAUGCCGUCAGCCACGCAUAGUAUAAUUAAUAAAGUAAGAGGUCAUUUAGAGUCAUCAUCGACAAAUUCAUCAUCUUCAACUUCUAGCAGUAUUGACCCAAUUGGUUCUCCUUUGUUGGUUGGAAAUAUUAAUCAAAAUAAAGACACUGGUGAUGAAAUCAUUAAUAUCAAUGAUUCCUUACAAUUACUCUGCGAGACAAUGAAAAAACAAAUUAUAUCGAGAGCUUUUUAUGGCUGGUUAGCAUACUGUCGACAUCUAACAACGGUUCGUACCCACUUAUCAGGACUGGUAAAUACAACAAUUGUAGAUUCGAGUGAUGCUCAUACUGGAUUGACUGAAGGAAAAUGGAAGUCCUUUAAAAAUGAUAUGAAUGUUAUUGAUAUUAAUGUAAAAUUCGAUAUUUUCCGACUUACUUACUUUGGUGGAGUACAACACGAAAUAAGAAAAGAAGUUUGGCCUUUUUUAUUGGGACAUUAUGCAUUUGGAAGUUCAUCUGAAGAAAGAGCUACUUUAGAUUCGCGUUGUAAGCAAGAUUAUGAAACUACUAUGUCAGAAUGGAUGGCUGUCGAAGCAAUUAUCAGACAAAAAGACCGCGAAACCAUGGCAGCUAAUCUUGCAAAGCUUUCAAGUGAAAGUACAUCGGGUGAUGCUCCUCUACCUCCAUCUCCAAAAACUUCAAAAGUGCUUAGUCAAGAACUCAGCAAUGAUGUUUUUGAAGAAACUGUAAACUUUUCUUCCGAUGAAGAUAAUCCGCCUAUCAUAGAUGAUUCUCAACCUGAAUGCAAUUUGGAAGAUAUUGAAAAAAUUAAUAGUGAAGAGAUCGAAACAGUCAAUAAAGUUAAUGAAUCAUCUAAAAUAAAUGAUGGAUAUAAGAGUUCCUUAUCAUCUGAUGAGGGUUUAGGGAAAGACGAAGGGACAGAAAAAGAAAAUACUAAUUAUAAAUUAAAAGAUACUAAAAGCGAACCUACAGAUACAGAAUCAUCCCAUUCCUGUACUACAGCAGUUAUCGUAACUUCGAAUGAAAGUCAAGAUAAAAAUACUGUUAAUUCUAACAACAAUUGUACGAAAGAAGAAAUUGAUGAAGAUAAAUCAUCUAAAUUAACAGUUGAUGACAAUGAAGGUAACUGCGGAGGAUCUAACCAUGAACAAAGAUCAGCUUGUAUAUCGCCAGCGAGUUCUCAAGGGGGUGUUUAUCCGGUUGAAUUAGUAGAAAAUUUUGGUCUGAAUGUACACAGGAUUGAUAAAGACGUUCAACGAUGCGAUAGAAAUUAUCCUUAUUUCAAUUUAGAAAAUUUAGACAAAUUACGAAAUAUUAUAUGCACAUAUGUUUGGGAUCAUUUGGAUAUGGGUUAUAUGCAAGGAAUGUGUGAUUUAGUAGCACCAUUGCUUGUUAUUUUAGACGAUGAAACUUUAUCAUACUCGUGUUUCUGUUUACUGAUGGAAAGAAUGUCUGCAAAUUUCCCACAUAGCGGUGGUGCGAUGGAUACACAUUUUGCUAAUAUGAGAUCACUAGUACAAAUACUUGACUCGGAAAUGUUCGAAUUAAUGCAUGAAAACGGCGAUUUCACACAUUUUUAUUUUUGUUACCGUUGGUUCUUAUUAGAUUUUAAGAGAGAACUAUUAUAUGAUGAUGUCUUUACUGUAUGGGAAACAAUUUGGGCAGCAAAAGAAAUGUCAUCUUCUCAAUUUGUCCUGUUUUUUGCACUUGCACUUGUUGAAACAUAUAGAGAUAUUAUUUUAGCAAACCAUAUGGAUUUUACCGAUAUUAUAAAGUUUUUUAAUGAAAUGGCUGAACAUCACGAUGCUAAAUCAGUACUAGCAUUAGCUCGUAAUUUAGUAUUACAACUACAAACGUUAAUUGAAAAUAAAUAGUUUGAUCUGAUUGAAACAUCUAAUUGAUAGAAUUAUAUAAUAUGAUUGGCAAGAAUCGGAGGUAAUAAGAAAAAUUGAGUUCCUUCAAAUUAAUUGUGUUUUAUAAAAAUUAACACAACUUAUGCAGUAAACUUCUUCAACAUUCAUCCUAGAUAGUAGCUUGUGUAAAUUUUGUCUACAAUCUCAUAAAUAAUAACAUUUAUUUAUUUUAAACUAACAAUGAGUUUA